UGUCACGGCGAUGUAUCGAUAUUUUUUGGAAUUCACUUAGCGAUGUACGGCAAGCCAAACAAAUAUGUCAUAUCAAAAAUUGUAAACAAACGUUCAAAAUGCACAAUCCUCGAGAGCACCUGCGGUGCCGUAGACGGGGAUGCACCUACACCACAAACAGAGCAUAUAAUCUGGAGCGCCAUGAGCGCAACCAUGACAAGGGCAAGGUGCCGGUGUCGCAGUACCAGCCGUGUCCACAUUGCACUUAUGCGGCCGGAUCGCUGCACAAUUUAAUGCGGCACAUAAGCAAAAAGCACGCAGCGCUGAGUGGAAAAACGACAACAAAGCAACAGGCGAUAACAAGCCAACAACAAGCCGAGCAAACAAAAGUGCCACCUUCGACGGAGGCGAAGUCGGAGUCACUGCCUAACUGUGCGGAACGAAUUCCGGAGCAUCUGACAGAAUCACUGAUACCAGCUGCAGAUUCAUCGCUUUGGUUUUGGAGCACACCGCAGCAGCUGGAGAGGAAUUUUCUGAGGCGUAGUGCUCUCAAGGAAGAAUGUAAAAUACAGGAGCGUUCUAUCAAGUUGUUCAAAUUUUAUGCCUUGGUAAGAGCGAGAGGAGGUGCCUUGAAUGUGGACCAAUGGGAGGAUGUUGCUGCAGCCCUGGGCUUGCCGUCGGGAUCAGGUUGCCAGACCCGCGUCAAGUACAUGGAGUUGUUGUACGAAUUCGAAAAGAAAGAGGAAGAACGUUCGCAGGAGUGGAAGAAUGUGGAAGGGUUGCCUUCCUGGUGGGAUGAUGGCGAUUUUGUCACAGAUAACAUGCAUUUAACAUCCAGCGAUGAGCAGUGGAAACAAAUGAAUUCGCCAUCAAUAACUGCUCGCAAUGCAAUUGUGAAAUUGAUUUACGACAAGUAUUAUGCGAAGCAUUUAAAUAGUAGCAAAGCGUUUCAACGGUUUCACAUGAAGGAUUCCUGGCUGAGGGCAACAAUGUUAAAUUAUCAAGCGCUAAAGCGUGAACUGCAUUCAAAGCAUUGUUUGGGUUCUUGAGCCCUUAGUUUUAUGAAUAAUAGUAUUAUUGUUACUUUUACAAAGUUAUUUAAUAAAACUCUAAGCUAUGUA